UGAAAUGUGUUUUGUUUUGACGCUGGACAAGGAUAAGCCAAAAAAGGAAUUUGAUCUCAUUAAAGAGACGAUGAGCUACAUUGUUCAGAAAUAUGGCUACCAAUCUGCCAGCUACUGUGUGAUUUUACGUAAAAACAACGAAUUGAUUGGUGACAUAAACUUUGAAGAGAGGUGCUCUUGUGAGGCCACACCGCAAAAAAGGAUUGCCGAGUUAGAGCAGCCAAGCUCUCCUGCUUUACUCUUUAAAGAUCUUGAUGACGUUUGUAGUGCAUUCAGAGCCCCAAACGUUCGAAAAAAAGCUAAAAAGGUUGUCGUGUGUUUUCUUAAUUACACAUUGGAUAUGUCAAUGGAAAAAACUGAGAAGCUACAGGACUUAGUAGAGGAUAUAAAGGAUAUGCAAGUUAACAUCGUUCCCGUCGGUAUUGGGGAGGACGCUAAAUUAUCAGAGUUAAAAAAGAUGGCAACUAAAGAUGGCACAGCACUUCACUUUGGAGAAUACGAGUCACCCGAGACGUUAGGGACAGCGGUCAUACAAGGUAUCGAGGGAAAGGACAUCUAUGAGAAAUACAAGGAUUACUUUACGACUCCUUAUUUCGUCUUUUUUCGCGACACGCUGAGCUAUAUCACCCUCCUCGUUCUUCACUUCGCUCUUUGCCUUUCCCCUUCAACUGUUUCCUUCAGUCGACUAGAACGGGUUAUAUUAGUUUUCUUCGUGGGACGCAUUGUAAUGGAGAUGGAGCAGUUUAUCAGUGCUAAAAAGAACGCAGUGAAAGCACGCAAAGUGAAGAGAAAUAGUGUCGGAUGCACCCCCCUAGAAUGUUCACCUGAGGAUCCACAAGAGAUAAAUGAGGCAGGAAAUGACAGCCUUUUGCCAAAGACGUUCAUUGGUUACUUCAGUGACCGCUGGAAUGUGCUUGACUUCAUCACUCUUGUUUUAUACCUGAUUACAUUCGUAUUACGCAUGACCACAUUACGGAUCUCCACUGACGUAUCAGGAAACAGACUCUUGGUUGUGUCGGAGUAUUUCUAUGGUUUUAUUGCCAUGUUUCUCACAAUAAGAGCCUUUGGUCAAGUCAUAGAGCGCUUGCGGAAAAUGGGUACAAUACAAAUCGCCUUAUUUUUUAUCAUCGCUGAUGUCUUGGCGAUAUUUUGGCAGUUUUUGGCCAUGAUUCUGGCUUUUGCGCUGCCCAUGACAAAGAUUUAUGUUGCUGAGAAAGCUUAUACUUCAGGAAGAGAUUCCGCGGAUUCUUUUAUUUCAAGGGUGUGCAGUGAAUCAGGGAUAAUUUGUUGGUGGAACAUAGCGACACACCUAAGCUGGUCUUUGCUGGGUUUAGCUGACCAAGAUUGGUUGGACUCCGUCGACGUUCCUUCCGUUUUUCUUGUUCGUCUGCUGUAUGGCUUCUUCUUAAUCAUGGCAGUUGUUCUUCUCGUGAACAUGAUGAUUGCUUUGCUCUCCAAUACGUAUCAGCAGGUUCAGGAUAAUUCACUGCAUGAGUGGUCUUUCAAGAGAGCCAUUAUUGUUAGGACUUACAGUAAGAAUAAUCCAAUACCAGUGCCUUUGAACAUUUUGUCUGUUCCACUGAUGGUGCUCUGGGAAAUCAUUUUGGGGAGUCCGUGUUGCACAUCGUUUGACACUCCUGGUUUGGAUGAGGCAGGACGGAGUAGAACCCUGGAUAAAUUGGUGAAGAAGCUAGAAAGAAGAUACUUUGAGAAGUACGGUUAUGAAUUUCCCCUCACAGAGGAAAGAAAGAUGGAUCACUUGGUGAGACAAAAUGAAGGAGGUCGGAAAAUGACUAAUCAGAUUGUACGGGAAAUAUUCCAAACGUAUGGAAACAAGGCGAAGAAACUUGCGUUUGGCCGAAGAGCGUGGCGUAAUUCGCCAGGAAUUGCUGUGGAUGGCUGCCUCCUAACUUACUUGGGACCUGAUUUCUGCAAAAAAUGCAAAGAUGGAAAGCCUAACAACAUUCACAGUGCCAAAUUCAAUUCUCCCUUUACAGAAGAGACACCACGAUUUGAGGUACUCAUUCAGGGGACUGGAGAGAGGCGUAUUAUAGCACUAGGUGUUGUGAAUAAGUCUUUCGACUGUCACAAAAUGCCUGGUUUAAGUAUUGGAACAGUUGGUUACCACGUAGACGAUGGGAAAAUAUUCGAAGGUGGCUGUUCUGAAGUGGGAAGAGAGAUCGAAGGUAUGAGUUACUUCGAUUGCAGGUCACGUAUCUACUCAAAUGUUUACGAAGGUUUCGUCUCUUUAAAAUCUUUGUUAGUUCUCCCCUUGAAGCAAAAUGAAUUUGCCCCUACCUUUACCAGCUCGCCCUUAAAUCUUUCAACUCGUUUUCUGACGGUAGAAUAUAUACUUCUUCUCUGGGGAAAUCAUGAUACGUUUCGAACAAUGUGUAAUUGUUUUUCUAUGGAGAAGACUAGAGUUCGAAAGCUCGAGAAGUCGCAAUGAAAUGCCAGGCGCAACGACGCAGAAGUGCGAGUAUCAACUUACGAAAUACGUAUGUUGGUCAUUGCUUUAGAAUGUGUGUUGCCUCCUAAAGAAGCCGUUUUAGUCUAGUUUGUUCAUAAAAGUAUUUCUUAAAAUUUGCCGCGAACACUAGCAUAAAACAGUGUCAACCAUGCUAGAUAAAGAGCGGAGUAAUACAGCGGCUUUGCAUUACUUGUUCGGUAGUCGUGCGUCAUUUCACUCGGCUGAUAAUUUGCAUGUUGAUAGAAGUUUUUUAUAGUUUUGCUGUGAAAUUUCAUGUUGAUCGAUAUAAACGAAGAUUUAAAAAAAAUAUCUUCUACUGAAGGUGACAAGUUGAAAUAUUUUGGAGGCGAACUGGUAAAGGUGGGGGCCGGAGCUUGUUUUACUACAGGAAACGAACUCAAAGAUGUUUUAGGGACGAAUUGGCAAUGGGGCGAAAUCUCCAGUUCCCGACUUACAAGGUUCUGAUGGCGCUUGAAAACGUAUUCAAG